AUGGCAGGCCUUGAAUGGCUUCGGUCAUAUAGAUCAAGGAAUCUGGAUUUAUCUUUGAAAAAACCAGAAUCCUGCAGCCUUGCUCGUGCCACCGCUUUUAACAAAGAGACGGUUAAGAUGUUUUUUGAUAACUUAAAGAACGUUAUGGAACGCCACCCAUCUUUUGGAAAUGGCUGUAGAAUCUACAAUUUGGAUGAAACUGCUACUACAACCGUUCAGAAGCUGCUAAAAGUUAUAGCACCUAAAGGGCGCCAGAAUAUUGGUUAA